UGUUGACACGGCAACUUUGUUAUCGGCAUUGUGAACGAUAAGGGGAAAUACUGCAGUAAGCAGUAACUAUUGGGUAAAUAAAAAUUGUUUAUGUGUAAUGUGCGUUGGCAUUUUCUCAACAAUAUCCUCCAUUCUUUCUUCUAGUAUCGCGAACAGUUUACAUUUAUGAGAUGGAAAUAUUUUCGAUGUCUCUCAUUGUUUACGGUCUAAUACUUGGUGCUAUUUUGCUGAUGCUUGGUAUAUUUCUUGGGGUAUUCAGCUCUCCCUAUGUGCGUGUAAAACGGUACAGAGAGGAACAUUAUUUCGUUGAUCCAAGCAGCGGAAAGAAGGUUAAGUUUCCAUCUCUCCAAGAUGACCCCACCGUAACGCUGAGUGUGAUCAUUCCAGCUUAUAAUGAACAGGAUCGAUUACCCAUAAUGCUAGAUGAAUGCUUAGAAUUUUUGGAGGAGAGGGAGAAGAAAACGCAAGGCUUUACUUAUGAACUUAUCAUUGUCAGUGAUGGAAGUAAUGAUAAAACAGUUGAAGUAGCGUCUGAUUAUUCAUCCAAGUAUGGCUCAGAGAAAAUCAAAGUCCUUGAGCUUAUCAAGAAUCGAGGGAAAGGUGGAGCAGUAAGGCUGGGUAUGCUGAGCGCCAGAGGGGCUAUCCUAUUGUUUGCUGAUGCUGAUGGUGCAACAAAAUUUGCUGAACUUGAAAAAUUGGAACAGUAUCUGUCUCUGUUAUGUAAAGCUGACAUUAUCAAAGAUCAAGCAACUAUUGCCAAAAAGCAUGCAAUUGUUUGUGGUUCCCGAGCGCACCUCGAAGAGGAGGCUGUUGCCAGCCGCACCUUCUUCCGAACUCUGCUUAUGCAUGGGUUUCACCUGGCUGUCUGGUUGUUGGCAACACAGAAAAUCAGAGACACACAAUGUGGCUUCAAAUUACUGACCAGAGAAACUGCUAAAAUCUGUUUCAGCAACCUACAUGUUGAAAGAUGGGCGUUUGAUGUUGAGCUGCUGUACAUUGCUGACUGCUUCAAUAUUCCAGUGGGUGAAGUUGCGGUGACGUGGACUGAAAUUCCUGGGUCUAAAAUUGUUCCCGUUCUAAGCUGGAUCCAGAUGGGUAGAGACCUUGUCCUAAUCUGGUUGCGGUACAAGGUUGGAGCAUGGAAACUCACUAAAAAUCCAGAUUAUUCAAAACUGUACGGAGAGCAAGCAACUAGCUAGGGUCUCAAAAAGAUUGCUUUCUCCACCAGUGGGGACUGCCGAGGAUUUUUAUGAAAACCCAAAGAAUCAUUAUCUUGGAUUAUUCAGUUCUACCCCCAAACUUUGGUGCUUUUGUGGAUUUACCGAUUCCCCCUCGACUAUUUUUCGUAAGAUCUCCCUUAAUUUUUUUUCUUACGAUUUUUCUUACUUUUUACUCUUACAAUUUCACUUUGUUGCCCUCUGUUUGGAGAAAGGCCUUAGGUGAUAUUAGAACAACAUUCUGAUGCAUGUUUUAUGUAUUGUUAAUUUUGUCAUAUAAAUCACGAAGUCCCAUGGAUUGUAUCAUAAUCAGCAAAAUAUUAUCUUGUGCUAAGAUUGUUUAGCGCUGAUGGCAGAUUUCCCCCCUUCAAUUUGGAGGUUACCAAAGGGGGAAAAAAAGUGAAGUCAAAGAAUCCUAAAGAAAACAUGAAACAUUUAGGAAUGUUUGCAAGGAGCUAAGAAAAUUCAGCAAAAGCAGGCAUCGCAAUGAGUAAUUGUACUUUAGCAGCAUUGGUCAGCGUUUCCAAAUGAUCAAACAUAAUAUAAUUCAUAAGUGUUUGCUGUCAUGUCAGCCUUAUUAUCGUAUCAGUAAGCUGAGCUUAGAUGAUAAGGUUUUAUGUGCAGCUGCCUCCUUCUCUCGAUACUUCCAAUAUGCGUACCGAGAAUAGCAGAAGACAGUAAGUGAUCAGGUGAUCACCUUUUAGAGGGCAUAUGUCACAAUGCCCACUGAUAAUUAUCAAUGUCGAUGCAAUCACACUGCUCUUAGGUUUUGACACCCUCCUUUUAAAACACAUGUGAUACAAUUUAGACCGCGUCAAAGGCUUGACGUACGGCAGGAGAAGUAAGACAGGGUGAGGAAUAAAACACAUUCAUUUAUUCGGAACCCCUUGAAAAAUCGAAAAUUGCGCAAGAAGGUCCGUAAUUUUCGUUUCAUACCAUGCUUGGUUUUUAAGAUAGCGUUGAAAGUAUACAGUCCCUUAGGCAUUGAUCCGUAGUACAGUAUUUUCCUGCUUGAUCGGGAUUAUGUGGCUAGUAUAUCUGCAGGCUGCCUGUGAGCUUCGAAUUUCCUGACUACAUCUUUUUUGUCAGGAUUCGCGAGUGAAUUUUGAAAUUUUGUCUCACAUGAAGAUAUUGAAAAAUCACUGGAUUUUUCUGUCAAGGAGAUCCUGAAUUUUUUGAGAAUGCACUUGAGAAGUGCUGUAGAAGUACUGAUUUUUUGCCAGUCAGUGUUAGUAGACAUAGACACCCUGGUAUGUGUAUAUUUAAACAUUACCUAGAGCACUAUACAACUCUCAAUCGCCCAAUCCUCCCAUAGAUGAUCAGGCAAAUGACACCUCCUGAUCUCUUCGGCAACGCCCUGCCACCAGUCUUUUACUGGACGUCCAUGCCGCCUCCUUCUGAGAAGAACACAAUCGAACACUCAUUUGGAAACCAACCAUCUUCCAUCCUCAGCUUUUGUCCAUACCAAAUCAAUAGCUUGAUUUUGAUACCUGGCACCAAUCCAUCAAUUUUGUAAAGAAGAACAAAAUCGAACACUCAUUUGGAAACCAACCAUCUUCCAUCCUCUGCUUUUGUCCAUACGAAACCAAUAGCUUGAUUUUGAUACCUGGCACCAAUCCAUCAAUUUUGUAAAGAAGAACGCAAUCGAACACUCAUUUGGAAACCAACCAUCUUCCAUCCUCUGCUUUCGUCCAUACGAAACCAAUAGCUUGAUUUUGAUACCUGGCACCAAUCCAUCAAUAUUGUAAAGAAGACCGCAAUCGAACACUCAUUUGGAAACCAACCAUCUUCCAUCCUCUGCUUUUGUCCAUACCAAACCAAUAGCUUGAUUUUGAUACCUGGCACCAAUCCAUCAAUUUUGUA